UGACAGCAACUGCUGCCAAUCGGCAAUCAACACACAUGAAGCACAAGGAAUCUAAGAACCUUUUUCAUUUGUUUUUGGUCAUAGCAGCUCGUGUCCGAUUCGUUUAAAGCCAAAUAUAUAUUAAAUAUAUAUCAAAAUGCCAGAAUUGACGGAAAUCACAAACGAAACUCCCGCCAAGGUUGAGGAAACUGAAGCACGCAUCGAAGACGAUGACGAUGAUGAUUCAGACACUACUAUUCCUGAAUUGGAAGAUACAGGAAACACUGCUGCCGCCCUCGGUAAAGAAGAAAUCGAUCUAGUGUCAAAGGCCAAACAAUCACGUGGUGAAAAGAAGGCUCGCAAGAUUAUGUCGAAAUUGGGAUUGAAACCAGUGUCAGGCGUUAAUCGAGUCACCAUUCGUAAAUCAAAAAAUAUCCUCUUCGUCAUCAAUAGCCCGGAUGUGUACAAAAACCCGCAUAGCGAUACGUACAUUGUGUUUGGUGAGGCUAAAAUCGAAGAUUUAUCGCAACAAGCCCAAUUGGCUGCUGCUGAAAAAUUCAAGGGACCCGAACCAACCGUUGGCACUGCCGAUUCAUCCGGUACCAAUGCAACCGUUGCACCAAUCGCCGAAGAAGACGAAGAAGAAGUUGAUGAAACUGGCGUUGACGAAAAGGAUAUCGAAUUGGUUAUGUCACAGGCAAAUGUUGCCCGAGCAAGAGCUAUUCGCGCCCUCAAGAACAACAGCAACGAUAUUGUAAAUGCGAUUAUGGAACUUACAAUGUAAUUUAAUUAAGCAUGAACAGCAUACACAAGAGAAAAAGAAAAAUACAAACACACACACAUAAAAAUGAAUCACAGAAAAAACGUUGAUUACAAAAAAAAAUUUAACACGUUUCUCGUUUGUUUUACUACGUGCUUCGUUUGGUCUAAUGAAACAAAGAAAAUUUUAUGACACAACGACACACACACACACUAGAAAUCCAACAGGAAAUCGAUGAAAAACAAAUAAACUAAAGCAUUAAAACCAAAACUCACAAAUCUCA